AUGAGAAGCCCAAUGCUAUCACCUGAGAUGCAAGAGGCUGUCGUUGGGUCUCAGUAUCAACAGCGACUACUAGCACGAUGUGCGCGAGGUGAUCAUGAUAGGCACGCAGAGUACGGAGUUGGCGGGAUCAUUACUGCGGUGUUAUGUUUCCCUAUAGGUCUCUGCUGCUUGUUUAUGGACCGCGAAGUGAAAUGCUCACGCUGUGGGGAGCGCCUAGUAUAA